GCAUUGCAAGGCAUUGAAGUUUCGAUUGGAAACCCUCGGCUUAUGCUGCGCUGGUGGCAAGGUGAAAUUACCAGUUUUAGCUCAACCACCAGAGCCAUUGUAUUCGUUUCUCUAUGGAAAUACAAUCCAAUCAAAACAUUUCCUGGCAAAUACACAAAAAUAUAACGGAAGUUUUCAGAUGACGUCAUUUGGAGCCGAAGUUGUUGAACAACCAGAAUACAACCCGAGUUAUAAGAUUCAAGGACAAAUUCACCAUCGAGCAGGCGCUUUGUUACCACAACCAAACGAAGAUCAUAAGUUCCUUCAGAUAUAUUUCGUUGGUAAUUCGGAAAAUGAACUAGAACAGCGGUGUGCAAUUUUUCCUGUGAAUAAACGUGAAAUGAUCGGACAAUUGCAAAUUCUUCUGCAUGAGCAUAAUGAAUUGGUCAGAUUGUUCAAAACCGCAUUGGACACAAUGCAUUCUGACGACCACAAAAUCAAUAUUAUGUUGCGGAAUCUAAAUCCUCCUAAAUUGUGCAAUGGUACACGAUUGUCCAUCAAGAAACUGAUGAACAAUGUAAUUCAAUCAACGAUCAUCAAGGGCAAUUUCAAAGGAGAGGAAGUCCUUAUCCCACGAAUUUCGAUCAUUCCAACAGAUAUUCCAUUUCAGUUUAAGCGGAUUCAGUUUCCCGUUCGAUUGGCUUUUGCGAUGACAAUCGCAAGGCCAAUCGUUGGAAGUCUGUGGGAUCAAUUUAGAAUUUCCAUGUUUUUCGCACGGGCAGCUGUAGGUUGCCAGUUCGCGUGUUGGCAAACCGUCUUCGUUGUUUAUUUUCAGAAAACAAAACUAAAAACAUUGUUUAUCAAUAUGCACUCAACUGAUUUCUGUAACAAUUCAUUUACAUUAAAUUCUUGA